AGAUGUGAAACAUUACUUAUCAUUUAAGCAAAUGGGUUAUAUUACACGUCUCUCGGAGCAAAUAAGUAUUUAUUGUUCGAUCGGAAAGAUGUGUGGAGUCUACCUUCAUUCUGAAUAUUGAAGAGAAUAUUUUUCGAGCAAUGAGUUCACACUCUCAUGCGAGAACGAUGUGCACUGGAAACGCAGUCUCUGGCGCAUUCUCUGCGUUGCAUCUCUUGCGAAGUUACAGUCUCCUCGCCCCAAAUUCAGAUCUGUGUAGGUACGAAGCGUACCCAUCUCGGGAUUAUAAUUUCGUCGAACCGGAUAUUUUAUCGAAUUCCGUAGCAGCGGAUUCUUCAUCCUCGCCGUUAACAUCCUCUUCUUUGCCGACAACAUUCUCACUUCCAGGAACUUUGCUUCAACCACCUUUUAUAGCGGCGAUGCCACCCUUGAUGCAAUCUCUGAGCGUACCUCAACCGUUUUCGAUUUCAUCUUCGGGUGCCAUGAACCGUCACUUCAUCACUACAAACGGCAUAAACACUCUCCACAGAAGACCUAGAAGCGAAAAGAAACCGAUCCCGGACGAUCAAAAAGAUGAAAAAUAUUUCGAGAGACGUAAACGGAAUAAUCAGGCAGCGAAGAAGUCGCGAGAUGCCCGCAAAAUCAGGGAGGAUCACAUUGCUCUAAGGGCGACGAUGCUCGAGCACGAGAAUGCGAUUCUCAAAGCGCAGAUAGUGACCCUUCGGGAGGAAGCGCAAUCGUUGCGACAUAUGUUGAUCAAGCAACACGCUCCGGCGAUACAAUCCAUCGAACGAUCACUUUCCUCGAUGACACCCGUGACACUCUCUCCUUCACAUACCACCGCGAGUUUAGAUUGUUAAUUUUUUUCCAACAAAAAUGCGUGUAGAGAUGUUCUAUUCGGGGCGAAGAUUAAAAUCCGUGUAUAACUUCAUUAAUAAUGCAAAAAUGAUCCUUAUGUUUAUUCGCGACAUGCAAUAGGAGAUAUAUUGAAAUUACAACGUUCGAUUUAGAAAAUAUGUCAAAAGUUAUUAGAUGUUUUCUAUGUUAUGCGAAUAAUAAAUAAGAACCAAUUAGCGGUGUUAAAGAUCAGGAUAUUAUCUUAAUGGCCACAGUCGGAUCAAAUUCUGAUUAACUUAAUCGGCAUCAAUUAAUUCAACUAGAACUGUAUAAUGGCCUAUAAAUUUUCCAUACAAUUCAUUUUGUUCUUAAUCAUUAUAUUUUUCAUAUGGGUGUCAAGCAAUAAAAGACUUAAUAAUUUUAUUCAUACUAACACUAAUAAAAUAAUAACGAAAUGCAAGUAUUACCCGCCUUGACAGGUUAAACGCCGAUUAAGUUGAUCAUAAAAGUUACUCAAAGUGGCUUUAAGACUUCGAUACGAAGAUUAUUUCUUGUUAGAAUUACUAUUACUCAUAAUAAGUGUAAUUAUUGUUGCUUGAAUGCUAAUAAAAGAGAUAAUUCUAAUAAAAUAA